AUGGCCGACACCGGUGCUACGGAGGAUGCCCCUAUCACCUUCACCGUCAAAUCUUCAACUGAUGCCAAAUUUACCAUCACCCUGCCUCUUUCCACUCCAGUCUUGGAGUUGAAGCAGAAGCUCUCAAGCUCCGAAUAUGCCGAUACCCCCGCUGAUCGUCAGCGCCUGAUCUAUUCCGGCCGAGUGCUGAAGGAUAACGAGACCCUAGAGUCAUACAAGAUUAAGGAUGGGCAUACCAUUCACUUGGUGAAGAGUGCUGCAAGCAAUCAGCAACGAUCCAACACAUCCGGUCAAUCUAGUACUUCAACAGCAAGCCCGGCUGCCCCAACGCCGAGUCAGCCUGCGGCAGGUGUCCCAACCAAUCUUGCUGCAGGUACUGGAAACAAUCCUCUAGCAGGCUUAACUGGAGCUCGAUAUGCCGGGUUUGCCCAACUACCUGGCGCAGGUCUGUUUGGCCCGGAUGGUGGGAUGGGCCCACCUCCCGAUAGCGAUACGAUGUUGAACAUGCUUGAGAAUCCUCAGUUCCAAUCUUCCAUAAACGAGGCACUUCAAAACCCACAGGUAAUCGAUAUGAUGAUCCAACAAAACCCCAUGCUACGAGACAUGGGACCUGGCGUGCGACACAUGAUGCAGAGCCCCGAGUUCCGUCGCAUGUUGACCGACCCCAACUCCAUUCGCCAGGCGAUGCGAAUGCAGCAGGCAAUGGGUAUGAUGGGAGGCGGACAAGGCGGCGCAGGCAACCAGAAUGCCUUCCCCGCUCCAGGUGUCACCAACACAACCCCCGAGGGCAAUCAGGGUGCUCAACAACAAGAUAUGCCUGCAAAUCCAUUCGAUCUCGGGAAUGGUCCAAGCCCAUUUGCUAGUCUCUUCGGGGGCGUUCCUGGGGCCAACCCCUUUGCUCCUCCAUCCCAGCCAGCUGCCACUGGCGCAGCAGGCCAGGCUGAAGGUAAUGAAGGAACACAAAACACCAAUACCCGAUCAAACACUGGAGAGGCGGCGGCGAACCCAUUUUCGGCUCUUCUCAACCCAGCCUUCUUCGGAGGUGCAGGCCAAGCAGGCGCUGGCGCGGGUGCGAAUAUGAAUAUGCCCAAUGACCAAUUUUCCAAUGCCCAGCAACUCCUUCGUGAUCCCGCCUUAAGGGCAACAUUUUUGCAGGCUUUGGGUUUAGAAGGUGGAGAGGGUGCUGCCGGUGCUGCCGGUGCUGCCGGUGCUGCCGGUGCUGCUGGUGCAAACCCUCUGGCAUCACUGUUCGGGGGCGGUGGCUUUGGCUCUCAAGCAGCUCCCACUGAUAACCGGCCUCCUGAGGAGCGAUAUGCUGAUCAGCUCCGCCAGUUGAAUGAUAUGGGAUUCUUCGAGUUUGAGCGAAAUAUUGAAGCUUUGCGACGAAGUGGCGGUAGUGUGCAAGGAGCCGUGGAAUACUUGUUGAGUUAG